AUGGAUUUCGGUGAAAUUGCCCGGAUUAUCCAAGAAGGAAUUACAGCUGGCCUGCAACGGAAUGCUCGGGGGCCAACGAGUUUCACCCCUAACACUCCAUUCACGCCAGAGAUAUUGUCAUAUCCCUUGCCCGAUAGAUUCAAAUAUUCUCGCAUUAAAGAGUAUGAUGGGACGACCGACCCCAUCAACCAUCUCAAAGUAUACACUGAUGUCAUGAACAUAAAACGAAUCAGAAAGACCGCGGCCUCUCUCAUGCAACUUCGCCAGAGACCAACUGAAACUCUACGAGGAUUUAUGACAAGGUUCAACAAGGAAAGGUUUCAGAUACCCAACCUUUACAUCAUAGCAGCUGUCUCCAUCCUCACUUACGUCAUAAGAUGUGAAGCUUUCAAGAUGUCUUUAUCAAAGACCCCGUCGCAGAUAGUGACCGAGCUCCUCACCCGAGCUGAAAAAGACAUUAAUAUGGAGGAUACACUAAAUCCAAGGAGACCUGGUCCUUACCAUGAAAAGAUCGAGAACAAGAGGCAACAUGAUCUCGUUCCUUGGCAUGAGCUUCCCCUGGAUAAGCGCAGGAAUGAGGCACCGUCAGCAUCUCUCACUCGGUUGAACACCUCUAAGACAAACAUCUUGAUGGAGGUUAAGGAUAUGAAAGAAUUAAAGUGGCAUUCAAGGAUGAAGUCGCUCCCUGACACAAGAGAUAGGAGCAAGUAUUGCGAAUUUCACCGGGAUCAGGGGCAUACUACAGAGGAUUGUCAUGCUUUACAGUGA